GCUUCCUCUCAGCAGCUGAUUGCCACCUGAUCAAAUUGGAACGAAUUCAAUAUCGUUGUUUGCGUAUUGCCCUUGGCUGUAUGCAUUCAACGCAUAACAUGAGCCUGGAGGUGCUUGCUGGAGUCACUCCUUUAAAGCACCGUUACUGGGAGCUCUCACUUAGAAUACUGAUCAAAUGUGGAACAAGUAACACACUUGUAUUAGAAAACUUCGAUAAUAUGCUUGAACUGGUUCAUCGUUCAAGGUACCUGCGAGUCUAUCUCAACUACAUAUCGUCAGAUCUCUGUCUUCCAUGUUAUAAUCCACCUCGAGUUCACUUCGUCAACGACAGUUCCUCAAUUGAAUACGAUCUGUCCAUGAAACACGCUAUUCAAGGAAUACCAGAUCAUCUUCGACAAAUAUCUAUCCCUUCCAUUUUUUCUGAAAAAUAUGAACAUGUCAAUUGCAAUAACAGAUAUUUCACUGAUGGUUCUCGCAUUAACGGAUCCACUGGCUUCGGUGUUUUCAACGUAAGUUCAACCACCUUCCGAAAACUUCAGGAACCGUGUUCGGUUUAUGUUGCUGAGCUGGCAGCAAUUAAUUUCGCUUUGGGGAUAAUUUCCAAUCAGCCCGUAGACCAUUAUUUCAUCUUCUCGGAUAGUCUUAGUUCUAUCGAGGCACUCCGGUCGAUGAAAUCUGUUAAGCACGCAUCUUACUUUCUUACAACUAUAAGAGAGCAGAUGCGUGAUUUGGUCGAAAGAUCAUUCAAGAUUACCUUUGUAUGGGUCCCAUCCCAUUGCCUAAUCUAUGGCAAUGAGAAGGCGGACUCGCUAGCAAAGGUGGGCGCACAGGAAGGUGAAGUUUAUGAUAGACAAAUCUCGAAUAACGAGUUUUUCCCAUUAGUCCGUCAGAGUACUCUUCAAAAUUGGCAAAUGAUUUGGUCACACAAUGAACUUGGACGGUGGCUAUUUUCCAUAGUUCCUAAAGUUUCUGCGCGAGCGUGGUUCAGAGAAUAAACCUGGUCGAGAGCAACCUAUGUAGGUGCGGAGCCGGUUACGAUGACAUCGAUCACGUAGUUUGGUAUUGCUCGGAAAAUGACGCCUCCAGAGAGCAACUAUUGGAUACCCUUGUGGCCCGAGGUAAACAACCCUUCCGGGAUAUAAGAGGUGUUUUGGGAGAUCGCGAUGUGAUAUAUAUGCAGGCCAUCUAUGCCUUCCUUUGCUUGGCUGACAUCAAAGUUUAAUGCCUAUAUUCUUCUCUUUCUCAGUUUUUUUUCUUGUCCGAUUCUGUUUCUCUGUAUCAUGUACCCCGAAGCUCUGGCCAUCCGGAAGAUGCUCCCUGACGAACCAAAAUCGAGCACGACGCCACGCAAAAUCGUUUUCAACGUUCAACGUCAAAUGCCCGGAUGAGCAGCUGAAAUAACCUAAGCCCAAAUCCCUACCCCGUCCGUCCUGUAUUAAGUUUUUUAACCUUGAGUCGCCACGAGUAUUAUGGUCUAUGUCCCCUCCCAACUAACUGUUAAGAUAAGAUGAUAUACCAUGUAAAAAUAUCAUACUUGAGAAUUGCGGCUCCGCAAAGUGUCACACACGACUGAGCCUACC